GACUUGGGACAUGAAGCACAUCCCUUCAGCCCAUCAGUUUCUCUGCCUGAGAUUCAGGAGGUACGGUGACAAAACGGCCCUUCAGCAGCACUCGUACGGAGCAGCUGGAGGGCUGCAGCCAUGAGCUUUCACUUCAGGCUGGACGAUGAAAAUGACAUUUUCCCCUGACUGUUUCUGAAGAGCCGUGCUCAAGAGAUUUCCUCUCGGGAAGCUGUAUAAAUAGAUGGAGAGCAACUGUGUUGCAGCUCCUGAGCUCCAGAGAGAAUUGGAGCACCUGUUCUGCAGAGCUGCACCCCUCAUUGUGCAGUUGUGCUUCCAAAAAGGAGCUGUUUGCUCUUAAAAAAAAAAAAAAAAAUCUUCUAGAGUUACUCUUUUGGAAAAACACUCGCUAUUGCUGAAGCAUAAAGAAUACACAGAUUCCCAUCCUUGACAAUCCCAACUCUGGCAACAAGAAAGUUUUGAAGAGUUCAUCCCUCAGCAGGAGUGGUAGCAAGAGCCCAGGAGCCCAGAGCAUUAUAGUCCUCAUCACUGAAGGGAGAACACAGGAAAUGUGUGUAACACUAACAGCCGAGAGAAACAUGCUUCGUAUCAGCAGCGAUUAAAACUGAUGGGCAGCAUCACUGGAACCAUGGGGUGCCGAAGCUCUGUAGCUGACAGAAGGUCAGAGAAAGUCAUUAGAGCUGCUAUCCUCAUCCAGAACUGGUACCGCCUUACAAUGGCCCGGCUGGAGAUGAGGCGCCGCUAUUCUCUGAGUAUCUUUCAGUCAAUAGAAUAUGCUGAUGAGCAAGAUCAGCUGCAGCUAUCUGACUUUUUUACAUUCAUGCUGGAACGCUGUACUCCUCCUGAUUCAGUUUCUCACACUUUCACCAGCCCUGGUGUUUCUCAGGUGGUGGAUGAAGGCUUCAACAUUCAAGAAUUUGAAAACAAGAUUUGUGUUCCAGACUCCUAUUAUGGACCACGACUCUCAUUCCCCCUUACUGUUGAACAUGCCAAUGCUCUUCUUCAUGCCUUCAGGAACGAACAGCUGCUUCAUGCCCGCUAUGUACUGCAGCUGCUAUGUGAAACUAAGAAGGUUCUCAAAGAGAUGCCAAAUAUCACCCAUCUUUCAACUUCCUACUCCAAGGAGAUAACUGUGUGUGGAGAUUUGCAUGGAAACCUGGAUGAUCUUUUGCUGAUAUUCUAUAAGAAUGGUCUGCCUUCAGAACAAAACUGUUAUGUUUUUAACGGCGAUUUUGUUGACAGAGGGAAAAACUCUAUGGAAAUAAUUAUAAUCCUCUUUGCAUUUCUUCUUAUCUACCCCAAUUACCUACACUUGAAUAGAGGAAACCAUGAAGACUACAUCUUGAAUCUGAGAUACGGCUUCACAAAAGAAGUUUCAAAGAAGUACAAGGACCAUGGGAAUCAGAUUUUGUGUCUUCUGCGAGACGUCUUUAGCUGGCUUCCCCUCGCCACUAUAAUUGAUAGCAAAGUUCUUAUUCUACAUGGAGGGAUUUCAGACACCACAGAUUUGGAUUUCCUGAAUGCACUGGAGAGAAGUAAGUUGAAAUCUUUAAUGCGGCCGCCCAAGUCGCUGAGAGACAGACAGGACCAAGUGAAGGAGAGAAUUCCCCCAACUAGAUCCACUAAACACAUGGCCACGCGGAAUGUUGCAGGGAAAGCACGACGCUUGUCUUCAUCGGGUUCUGCUGAGCCUUCAGGCUCAAAUUUGCCUCCAGAACCCACGCCAAAGGAAUGGAAACAAAUCCUUGACAUUCUCUGGAGUGAUCCAAGAAGCCAAAAUGGAUGUACACCGAACAAGGCUCGGGGAGGAGGUUGUUACUUUGGCCCUGAUGUUACUGCCGAGCUAUUCAGAAGGUAUAAUCUGAAGUUGCUCAUCAGGUCUCAUGAAUUUAAACCGGAAGGUUAUGAGAUCAGUCACAAUGGAAAGGUUAUCACUAUAUUUUCUGCUUCUAACUACUACGAAGAGGGGAGCAACCGGGGAGCAUACAUCAAACUGAACCCUGAACUCAUUCCUCGGUUUGUGCAGUAUCAAGUCAGCAAGUACACGCUCAGGCACAGUCUUCGGGACAGGGUGGGUAGUAUUGAAUCAACUGCCUUAAAGUUCUUACGAGAGAAGAUUUGUGCUCACAGGUCUGAACUCACUAGUGCUUUUGCACAGUAUGACCCCGAGGGCACAGGCAGGAUUUCUGUCAAUGACUGGGCUGCAGCGAUGGAGUCUGUCCUGCAGCUGAACCUGCCCUGGAGAAUACUGCGCUCUCAGUUAGCGCUGCUGAGCCCAGAUGGAAAAGUUGACUGCAUAUCAUGCUUUGGUGAUUUGGAAAUAGCCCAACCUGUAAAAGAGGUUCAGCCAGCUUUGGCAGAAACACUGUGCAGAUACAGAAAGGAUCUGGAGAUCAUCUUUAACAUCAUUGACAAAGAUCAGUCAGGUCUGAUUUCUCUUGAGGAGUUUGGCCAGACAUGGAAACUCUUCACUUCUCACCUGGGUAUCGUACAUAGUGAAUCCCUUGACAAGUUAGUCCUCAGCAUGGACUACAACAAAGAUGGCUAUAUUGACUUCAAUGAAUUUUUAGAGGCCUUUCAUGUGGUUCAUAGACUACAGAAAAAGGCAGACUCGUGAAAAGGCAGUUCUUGUGGGCUGUCCUGGAAGCUCAUCUUCCUGUCAUUAAAGUCAGUUAAACCCAUUUCCAGACUGACAAUAAAUGGGCUGCUCGAUAAGGUAAGCAUUGCAGUCACUGUAUGCCUUCUAGUAACGACACAGAAGAGAUGAAAACCUGCUACUCCUAGUGUGACUGUGUCACUGCCACAUCAGUACCUUACAAUUUAUCCUCAUCCUUGGUGGCAUCUCCCCCACCACUCUAAUGUGUGAACACUGCCAAGGUCGCACCUACAACCCUGUGGGAAGAAAACCUCUGGUUUCUUUCAGCAGACCUUAGCAACAGCUGAGAAGUAGCACUGAUGGCCACAAGGAACGUAUCAGACUUCCCUUGUGGAUGUAACAGGCACGAUGGAGGCCAGCUGUCGACCAUCCAGUUCAGGAGAGAAAAUAAAGAAGAACCAUCCAGUUAAAAUACGUAGUUCUGCAUUUAAUCUUAUUCUUUGUAUGAUGCAGUGGAAUUAAAACAUUCCGGGUUGUCAUGGUUUAACCCUCACUGGCAACUAAGCAUCACGCAGCUGCUCGCUCACUCCCCUCACAGUGGAAUGGGGAAAGAGACUCAGAAAAGUGAGAAAACUUGUGGGUUGAGAUAAAGACAGUUUAACAGGUAAAGCAAAAGCCAUAUGUGGAAGCAAAGCAAAAUGGGAUUCAUUCACCACUUCCCAUGGGCAGGUGUUCAGCCAUCUCCAGAAAAGCCGGGCUCCAUCACAUGUAACGGUGACUGGGGAAGACAAACAGCAUCACUCCAAACGUCCUCCCUUUCUUCUUCUUCCCCCACCUUUAUGCUGAGCAUGAUGUCAUAUGGUGUGGAAUAUCCCUUUGGCCAGUUCUGGUCAGCUGUCCCAGCUGUGUCCCCUCCCAGCUUGUUGUGUACCCCCAGCCUACUCGCUGAAAAGUCCUUGACUUGGUAUAAACAUUGCUUGGCAACAACUAAAGCAUCAGUGUAUUAUCAAUGUUCUUCUAAUGCUAAAUCCAAACCACAGCACUAUACCAACUACUAGGGAGAAAAACUCUGUCCCAACUGAAACCAGGACACUAUCCUCUUUGAAGUUUACAGACACAACUUAAAGGCAUUUAAGCUUGCACUAGAUUUCUUGCCACUGGUUACUUUUCCCUACAUUUGUUGGGGUUUGUAGCUAAUAAACAGUCAUAACUCAUCACCCUAAUGCUAAAUCCAUAGCAUGUUGAUGUAACAUAAUGUAACAUACGAUAGAUCACAAGAUAAAGCUUUACAUACUACUGUGAA